AUAUAUAUAUAAAAUUUGAGGCCUUCUUAAAGGUCAGACAACUAAUGCACAUGGAAUAGGAACAGUAGUAAUAAAGAACAAUCCUGGUGCUGUACAUUCAAUUCUAUCUGAUUACAAAAAAGAGCCAGUUUUAUCACCAGAGAGUUAUUUUACUCCCUUUGGAGAAGGAGAUGGUGCUGUAUCUGGUGCUGGGGAGAUGGUCAGCAGCAUCUGGACAAGAAGAAUGGCUCUUUUCCACAGACCAACAUAGGGGAAGCAGCAGGGGGUGAAUGUGAGGAAAGGGAAGGGCACUAGAGAAUGUGGAGGAAUCUGGGAAAGAGGUGCCAAAUAUUGAGAGAAGCUGUAGCAGAACUCAGGGGGAACAUAUUUGGAUUUAGAGAUCCAUUCCUGCUGUGGUCCACCUCGAGCUGCCCCUGAGACACUGGGGCACAGGGCUUUUCAUCCCGUGGAAAAGAUCCUUCCAUCACCCAUGGCCUAAAGUGGGAUCCACUUCAAAAAUUCUGUACAUCCCAGGAUUGUUCCCAGAAGCUGCCAAUGGGUCUGGCUGGCCUUGCUUUCCCAGAUGCCACCUCUCAGCUGCCCCUGAGGCAACAGGACACCAGCCUUUCCUUCCUGUGGAAAAGCAAAGUCCUUUGCAGCCAGGUGCCCCAAGAUUCCUCAUCUUAAAGCUGUGAUGCUCUGAGGAGCAGCCCCGGGAGGCCAAGGGCAGCCAGGUUUGUAUCACAGGGUGAGUGUGAACUCCAGACAAGCCCUGCCUUAGAUUUAGGCAAGUCUACACUUCAGAAAUCACACUGGCCUGCACUGAAUGGAAGUUCAGGUCUACCUAUAAAAUUAAAUAUAAAAAUAAAAAAAACCCCUUAAAAUAAAAAUUAAUCAUUAAAAAUAAAACUAGUUAUUAAACAGACAGGAGAUAACAGAUGAGAGAUCUUAAUCAGAGUUACUUUGUAGCCAGUACAAAAUUAAAAAAAAAUACUAGUAGAUUAAAAUAGUGCAUGAUAUCAAGUUACCUAUAUUAAAGCUAGCAAAAUAAAUAGUGUUGAUUAGAAAUCAAAUAGAACUUACCACCAAAAUGAGGAUAAAGUACAUAGUUUUAACCUCUGUAGGAAUAACCCCUAAGCUGGUGUUCCUACUCACAGGAGAAACUCCACACAUUUCUAAGAGCCAAACCUCUUUUCCAUUCACUUGCCAAUGUAAUGCUUCCCACUGACACCACUGUGUGGCACCAGACUGUGUGAAAAUCAGCAUACAGCAUCCUUGCUUUCUGCUUUACUGCCAGCAUACAGCUUCCAGCUCUCCCAUCCCUGCAUUUCCUAUUCCUCCUUUGCUACUUCCACUCUUGUUUCAGUGCUAAGAGUGAAAGACACUUGCUGGGUUCCCUAUAUGUGACUAAAUCUAAAUUAACUACCAAAAUGCUUUUAGUAUCUUUUGCCCUACCACAUAACAAAGGGAGCAAGGUUGAAAAACAGGAUCUGUAGAUUAACUAGGAACUAAAAAAUAUUCAGGAAAAAUGCAACCAAAUAGGUAAUGACUUUGUAAGUAGAGAGGAUAAAUAUUGCUUAAAAUAAAUAAGCAGCCAACAAUAACCAACUUUCAAGGCUGAGAAGUAAACCAUCUGGGAUGAUUAGUAAAUAACACCAGAAAGAACCAGUUUUGUAGCUCAAAAGCAAUUAACAGAGACUGAGCAUGCACCAAUUCAGAAAGUUCAAUUAAAGGACAAAUGAUGACUAUGGAAUGGACUGUGUUCUUAUGGAAGGACAGUAGAUGGCAGCAAAGACCGUGAAAUAGUUAAUUCCUGUUCGUAUAAUCAUUUUCUAAAAUAGGCUGGUUUUAUGUUAUUGAUUUCUUCCUCUGUGUAAUGAAUAUGUAACAACCUUGUAAAUAUAAACUGUAUUAAUUCAUCCAGUGGUUGGGAGCACUCACGGUGUGGCCCCAGCCCUGUAAAUAAAGAAUGCCUGCUUAACACUGAUAUUCCUUGCUGUUGAGUGAAUUGCUUUGUUUCAAGAGCAACUGCUCUAUACUUUCAUAUACAUCAACAUGCUUGGCUGAGGCACAGCAAGGCUGCUGAGGAGCUUGGAACACACUGUGGGUCACUGCUGGUUUUCAGGGGGUUCCUCCAGCCGGGUUGUUUCUGUUAUGACAUUGUGUAUUGUCAUGGUGAUGUUGGAACCCAGGGUGUUGUGAGGCAGGGUUGGGACAGUCAGGUGUCUCCAGUCCCCACUGGGUGCUGAGCUGGAGGAUCCCGAGCCCCUGAUGAGGAGCCAACCCACCAUGGUGACACUAGUGGUAGGUGCUGAGUGCUAUGAUAUAAUGGCCAUGGUGGGGAAGGGGACCUUUGGACAGGUGAUCCAGGGGCAGUGCAGGAGCACUGGGGAGAUGGUGGCCAUCAAGAUCCUGAAGAACUGUGAUCACAAUGGCCAAAUAGUGAAGAAUGAACUGAGGCUGCUGCAGGCCUUGCGGGAGGGGGACACGAAGGACUCUCACAUCAUCCAUUUCCUCGAGUCCUUCAGUGACACGGUCUGGACCUACCUGAUCUUCGAGCUGCUGCAGCAAAACCUCUUUGACUUCCAAAAGCAGAAUAACUUCUCACCGCUGCCAGUCCGACACAUCCGUACCAUCGCAGCACAGGUGCUGGUGGCACUGGUCAAGCUGAAGGAGCUCUCUAUCAUCCAUGCUGACCUUAAGCCAGAGAACAUCAUGCUGGUGGACCAUGCACGCUAUCCAUUUCGCAUCAAGCUUGUUGACUUUGGCUCGGCUAUCCUCCUCCCUGAGGUCUGCCAUGUCCAGGAGCCCUACAUCCAAACCCGCUUCUACCGGGCACCGGAGAUCUUGCUGGGCUUACCCUUCUGUGAGAAGGUGGACAUCUGGUCUUUGGGCUGUGUGAUGGCCGAGCUUCACUUGGGUUGGCCGCUCUACCCUGGCAGUGAUGAAUAUGAGCAGGUGUGCUACAUCUGCUCCACCUUGGGGCUACCCCGAGGUGAGCUGCUCUGCGCUGCCCAGAAGACACGGUCCUUCUUCCAGCGUGUGCCAUGUUCCACUGGUACCUGGCAGCUCAAACCACCAGGGAAGGUGAUGGCAAAGCCCAUGGAGAGGAGGGAGCAUAUCUUUUCCUCACUGGAUCAGUUGGCAGUGGUGAACAUCUGCCAGAUGCCUGAUCCUGACCAAGAGGAGCUGGCCAAGCGCUGUGAUCUGUACAGGAUGGUGGAGCUGGUCAAGAGGAUGCUCACUUGGGACUCACGUGAGCGAAUCACACCCAAUGCUGCCCUUCAUCAUCCUUUCAUCUCCAUGCAGGAGGUGAAGGCCAGCUUUGAGGCCACCCGGUACUACCAGCUCAGUCAGGAAGACCUGAGGGCAUCCUGUAAAGAUUCCAGGAUAGCUGAGAUCUUCCCUAGCACAGAGAAAGGUGCUUUCAUCCCUGCCAGCCAGGGAGGCAUCCAGAAGGCCACUGCCCAGAUGGAUGGGCUGAGUCUGGCUGAGCCAGCUGGGGACACUGCUGACAAGCAUCAGCAGAACAUCUGCCAAGCCCCCAGCCCCACCCACUGUGGAAGCCAGUACUGUCAGCAUCACUGGUGUCCCCAGAUGGAGCCCACCGACCAUCACUUGACUGUGCUGGCGUCUGCCAGUAAAAUGAAACAGUGCAGCCAUUGCAGUGGCAGCCCAGCUGUUGGUGGCACCAUGGAACAGAACCUGCCCGGAAGAUGCUGCAGCUCAUCCUGUGCCAAGAGAUCUCUGGUGAUGUGGCACGACCCCAAGCCUCCAAGGAUUUGGAGAAUGGGCUUCGGAGGCUGGGCUGGUCCACCCCUGCAGUACUCAGCAAGCUCCUCCUACUACAGAGCCAGUGGCACUCCCAGCACCACUGAGACCCCACAGCAACCCCUGCACACGCUCCAGCAGCCCAGAGCUUGCAAGAGACCUUCCUCUUCCUCACCCUCAGGCACCCCAACCGCCAAAACCCAGCGCCUUGCUGGUGGGGAUCACAGCCAGGGCUGCAACAGAACAUACUGUGCCAGAUGCUACCGGCUCUGUUUCUCACACUGAUCCCCCAAUAAAUAGUUUUGCCAAAAAUGGA